ACACACACACACACACACACACACACAAAACGGAGAUGAGAGAAAGCGAUUUUUGUUACCUAUUGUCCAUUUACAGAAUCAAAACCAUUUAAACACACAAAACAGCUAUUACACAGGAAUAUUUCCUAUGCUAUACUAUAAUCUGACUACUACUACUACUACUACUUACACACACACACACACACACACACACACACACAGGCUACUGUAUAUCACACAUAUGACAUUCUACUAAUGCCCUAAAUAACAUGUGUCAGGGACUAGAUGAGAGGAGACGAGAAGAGACAAGAGGAGACAAGAUGAGAAAAGAGGAGAGAAUGGGAGGAGAGAAGAUGAAAUGAGCAGAGAGAAGACAAGAUGUGAGAAUGAGAAGAAAGGAUAUGAGAGGAGGGAAGGGAAUGAGGGCUAAGGAGAUAAGAUAAGAGGAGACAAAACGAGAGGAAAGGAGAUUAAAUAAGAGGAGACGAUGAGAAGAGAACAGAAGAAAAGAGAAGAGAAGAAAAAAAGAGGAGAGGAGAUGAAAAGAGAAGAGACAAGAAGAGAAGAGAAGAAAAGAGAGGAAGAGUUAGAAGUGUCUUGAGUAAGAGUCAGAUUGGAUUCCUACCACACCACCGCACCACUGACCACAUUCACAUGCUACACAUGACAGUCAACCAGCAUGUUUAUCAAAAAAGCAAAGGUAAAAUUUAAGCAUGUUUUGUCGAUUUAAAAAAAUCAUUUGAUUCCAUUUGGCAUGAUGGUCUAUAUUAUACAUUUCUACAAUCCGGCAUUGAGGGUAAAAUGUACGACACUAUCAAAUCUAUGUAUUCGGACAACAGGUGCGGAGUUAAAAUUGGCAAUAAAAGAACAGAAUUCUUCACUCAAGGGUGUGGAGUGAGACAGGACUGUAGUUUGAGUUUGCUCUGUAGGUGAGGUUUGGGGUCCACUCUGUCUGGCAGAUUACUCUAGAUGGGACAAACACCUCAUAGUAUUCCUGCAUGCAGAAUUCUGUAGAAACAUUCUAUGAGUUCAGAGAAGAACACCUAGUAAUGGAUGCCGGGCUGAACUAGUCCCCUUUGUCAGCUGUCUCUGAAACUCACAAACCCACUAACAACUAACAAACACCAGUUUCAGACCAGCACUGCUGAACAAAACCAAAGAGAAGAUAUGAGAAGAAAGGAGAAGAGAAGAGAAGAAAGGAGAAGAGAAGAGAAGAGAAGAGAAGAGAAGAGAAGAGAGGAGAAGAGAAGAAAGGAGAAGAGAAGAGAGGAGAGGAGAGGAGAGGCGAGGAUAAGAGAAGAAAGGAGAAGAGAAGAGAAGAAAAGAAAGAAGAGGAGAAGAGAAAAAAGGAGAAGAGAGGAGAAGAGAAGAAAGGAGAAGAGAAGAGAGGAGAGGAGAAGAGAAGAAAGGAGAAGAGAAGAGAAGAGAAGAGAGGAGAGGAGAGGAGAAGAGAAGAGAAGAAAGGAGAAGAGAAGUGAAGAGAAGAGAAGAAAAGAAAGGAGAAGAGAAGAGAAGAGAGGAGAGGUGAGGAGAAGAGAAGAAAGGAGAAGAGAAGAGAGGAGAGGAGAGGCGAGGAGAAGAGAAGAAAGGAGAAGAGAAGAGAAGAGAAGAAAGGAGAAGAGAAGAGAGGAGAGGAGAGGCGAGGAUAAGAGAAGAAAGGAGAAGAGAAGAGAAGAGAAGAAAAGAAAGAAGAGGAGAAGAGAAAAAAGGAGAAGAGAGGAGAAGAGAAGAAAGGAGAAGAGAAGAAAGGAGAGGAGAAGAGAAGAGAAGAAAGGAGAAGAGAAGAGAAGAGAAGAGAGGAGAGGAGAGGAGAGGAGAAGAGAAGAGAAGAAAGGAGAAGAGAAGUGAAGAGAAGAGAAGAAAAGAAAGGAGAAGAGAAGAGAAGAGAAGAGAGGAGAGGCGAGGAGAAGAGAAGAAAGGAGAAGAGAAGAGAAGAGAAGAAAAGAAAGGAGAAGAGAAGAGAAGAAAGGAGAAGAGAAGAGAAGAGAAGAGAAGAGAGGAGAGGCGAGGAGAAGAGAAGAAAGGAGAAGAGAAGAGAAGAGAAGAGAAGAGAAGAGAAGAGAG